AUGAAUGCCAUCGUUGCACUCUGUCACUUCUGCGAACUGCAUGGCCCCCGAACUCUCUUUUGUACUGAAGUCCUCCAUGCUCCACUCCCCCAAGGGGCCAGGAGUGGAGACAAACCUGACCAGGGUGAACAAGCUGAGGAGGAAGAAGGUGGCAUUCAGAUGAGUAGUCGCAUCCGUUCCCUUAGCCCAGCAGAAGGAGCCAGUGCUGAAGCCAGCAGCCCAGGGCCCAAAAAGUCUGACAUGUGUGAGGGCUGCAGGUCCCUUGCUGUAGGGCAUCCAGGGUAUAUCAGUCACGACAAGGAGACCUCCAUCAAAUACGUCAGCCACCAGCACCCUAACCACCCCCAGCUCUUCAGCAUUGUCCGCCAGGCCUGUGUGCGAAGCCUGAGCUGUGAGGUCUGCCCUGGACGUGAAGGCCCCAUCUUCUUUGGAGAUGAACAACAUGGUUUUGUAUUCAGCCACACCUUCUUUAUCAAAGACAGCCUAGCCAGGGGCUUCCAGCGCUGGUACAGCAUCAUUGUCAUCAUGAUGGACCGCAUCUAUCUCAUCAACUCCUGGCCCUUUCUGCUUGGGAAGAUUCGUGGCAUAAUCGAUGAGCUCCAGGGCAAGGCCCUCAAGGUGUUUGAGGCGGAGCAGUUUGGAUGUCCACAGCGAGCCCAGAGGAUGAACACAGCUUUCACACCAUUCCUGCAUCAGAGGAAUGGCAAUGCAGCCCGAUCACUAACAUCUUUGACCAGUGAUGACAACUUGUGGGCAUGUCUUCACACCUCCUUUGCUUGGCUCUUGAAAGCAUGUGGCAGCCGGCUGACGGAGAAGCUGCUGGAAGGUGCACCAACUGAGGACACACUGGUCCAGAUGGAGAAGCUUGCAGACUUAGAAGAGGAAUCAGAAAGCUGGGAAAACCCUGAAUCUGAAGAGAAGGCCUUUGUGUUCCCUGAUGGUGCAGAAGUACGAGAGUUAAAUAAAUACCCAGCAGACUUGUCCUUACUCUCAGACUGUGGAAAUUGGCAACCCCUAAAGUUGUCAGUCUUUAAGUCCCUUCGACAUAUGAGACAGGUCCUAGGUGCUUCGUCUUUCCACAUACUGGCCUGGCAUGUUCUCAUGGGGAAUCAGGUUAUCUGGAAGAGUAGAGACAUGGACCUUGUCCAGUCAGCAUUUGAAAUUCUUCGGACCAUGCUGCCUGUGGGCUGUGUUCGUAUCAUCCCUUACAGCAACCAAUAUGAGGAAGCAUAUCGUUGCAACUUCCUGGGGCUCAGUCCACAGGUGCAGAUCCCCUCUCAUGUGCUAUCCUCAGAAUUUGCUGUUAUUGUGGAGGCCCACACAAUCCCCCACUCCAGCCUCUACCCAAUGGGGCCUGAGGAGGACCAAGCUCUCAGCAAGUAUGAGUUUGUGGUGACUAGUGGGAGCCCUGUGUCUGUAGACCGAGUUGGCCCUACCAUCCUGAAUAAGAUCGAAGCAGCUCUAACUAAUCAGAAUCUGUCUGUGGAUGUCGUUGACCAGUGCCUUGUCUGCCUUAAGGAAGAGUGGAUGAACAAAGUGAAGGUCCUUUUUAAGUUCACCAAAGUGGAUAGCCGCCCAAAAGAGGACACACAGAAACUCCUGAGUAUCCUUGGAGCAUCAGAGGAAGACAACGUCAAGCUACUGAAGUUUUGGAUGACAGGCUUGAGCAAAACCUACAAGUCUCAUCUUAUGUCCACAGUUCGGAGCCCCACCACGGCUUCAGAGUCUCGUAAUUGA